AUGCAGGUGCGUGCGGCUGCAUGCUGUAAUCGACGAACUGAUGCUCAGCAGUCUCAGCGGGGUGCGUAUGUGAUGUUCGUUCGGGAGCCUUCGCGGACGUUACAGGUCCUGGUUUCGUAUGAAACUCCCAAAUUCAACCGAGCGGACAGUGUUCGGGAGUUAGAAGUCCGUGAACAGAGAAGGUCGGAAAGUGUUCAGGAGGCGGUGAGUACCGAACGAUCACGUGUGCAUGGUGUUCAGGAGUUUGACAAUGCUAAACGCAUGUGAAGGGACGGUGUUUGGAAGCGUAAAGUGCUGAACGCAGACGCAUUGAUGAUGUUCGGGAGUUGGAUGAUGUUCGCAUGGCGAAUUUCGGUGAUCACUUCAGUGCUUCGCUUGAGAGGCAUUUUGGGAGAUCUUCAACUGUUUGAUUUGCAUAUAUUUCAGGAUUCGGGAGAGGAUCGACAGUCUGAUCCUCACAGACAUCAGGAAUCGGUUGAUGGAACCCGCCGAAUGUCUGCUGCAAGUGCAAGUUGGCUGGGAGAGCAGAGUGUUCCUGGUAAUUUGGUAAUUCAGAGAGUGGACAGACUGGACUCGCUGCUUCAGACCAGUGAGUAUAAUUGCGCUCGCGCUUGGCAAUCUGCGCAGUUACAGUGA